CGGUGUCUGGUUACUAGAGUGGAUUUGGGAAUUCCCCAGGAAAACACCUACGCAGCCACACGGCCUUUUCUGGACAAACUGGGCAACAGCAAGCCGCUCACAAGGGGAGCAAUUUGUAGUUUUAUAAUGCUCCGGACAUGGAGGGAAUCUGAGGCUUGUGCGACAGCGCUUGCCGCUGUUGUUUGGGAAUUUGUCCAGAAAGAGCUCAUCUUGUUUCCAUAAAAACACCAACAAGCGUCAGACGGAAUCCACCUGGAUAGAAGCGAAAACGGCGCAACAGAUAGUUGUUUGUCAGGACAGGCAGUUUCUCUUGUUAUAGCUGACAUCAUUUAAACGGCUGAUUUAUAUAUAAAUGGAGGGGGCGCACGAUAUUCACGGUGAAUCCCGGAGACAGAAUGCACGGCCUGCACCGAGCUACGCUAUGGAGAAAAGGGGCGCCGUGGACUCUGUCCCGGAGGACUGGUGUGACAGCGGGCUAGACUCCUUAAGCGGGGUCGGACUCGGUUUUGAGGGUCCCUACGGCACUUACACCGAAGCCGAACAGAUGUGGACACCUGGACGGUCUGUGUCUGACAUACCUGACAUCCCUACGUCGGACGAGUCCGACAACAGGAGUACCACGGAUUGCGUGUCGAUUGGCGGCGGAGAGAGGCUGGACUCUGCCAUCGGGGACUCGAUUAAUGACGAUGCGGUGGUGGGGUGCCUCUCCGACGGGAUCGGCACUAUGAUCCUGGGCGAGCCUGCAGGUACAGAGAGACUGGCGAAUUCAAACACUUCGGAUGAGGGUCGGCAGCGAAGGGAAGAGCUCUUCAACACGCUCAACUUUCUGUCAGAGGACGGUGACACGGUACUUCAUUUGGCACUGAUUCAUGAGCAGUGGGGUGUUGUUCAGUGCCUGCUAGAAGAAAUUGUGGUUAACAACAGCUGGACUCCUUACCUGGACACUCAAAAUGACCUGGGCCAGACCGCUCUACAUUUAGCAGUCAUCGUAGACCGGAGUGAGUGUGUUCGGGCACUGUUGUGGAGUGGAGCCAGUGCGGAGAUCCAAGAGAGGGGUGGAAACACACCUUUACACCUGGCUGUCAGAGAGCUUCGCAAAGAGUGUGUGAGAGAGCUGACCAGCUGCUCACGGACCCCACCAGUGCACCUGAACAUCACCAAUUAUGCAGGUGUGAGUGCACUGCACCUGGCUGUACAUAGGGGCAAUUGUGAGAUCAUCAGUAUGCUGCUGGAGGCUGGAGCAGAUGUAAAUCAACGGGAUUUGGGGUCAGGUCGGUCUCCAUUGCACUGGGCGGUGGAAGGUCAGAGGUCAGAGGUAGUGAAGUUAUUAUUGAGCGCUGGCGCAUUGGUGAAUCAGCGCUCAUAUGCAGGCCACACCCCAUUCUACUGUGCCCUUUACCGACCCAACAAAGAGAUACAGGCCCUACUUAGUGUCCAUGGGGCCACAUACACACAGGACGAUGAGGAAGAGGAGGAGUACCGAGAGAGUGAGGAGGAGGAGUUUGAUGAUGUCAUCAUAAAUGGACAGCGAGUGCUGUAGCUGUAAAACAUGGACACAACUCUGCCAUCAGACCCCUUGAACUCCAGCUGAACGAUUGUGGAGUCUUGAGUGUAUUUGGUGGAGACUAUUAUGUGUGUCUGCGUGUGUGUAUUUUGUUUUAAGGUACAGUAUGCUGGUUUUGGUUCAGGCUGAUGGGAGUGCAUAGCUAGAUUCUGUUAGUCAUGGAGGAUCUAAGUUAUUUAAGCCUGACAUCACGCAAAUCCUUUUAAAGCUGUAACAAUGGAGGCAGCUUUUCAUUUAGUAAAACCUCUCAUUGGCCCAUCUGGUGUAUGUUAUAAUAAAGGGAUAGUUCUCCUAAAGAUGAAUAUGCUGUCUCACCCUUAUGGUGUUUCAAGCCUGUAUGACUUUUUCUUCUGGGGAAUAAAAAAUGUCUUAAAAUUUUUUUUGAAAAGUGUUUUAUGUGCACACAUUAAAAAUCAGUGGAGUCCAGUGUUGUUUAGGCUACAUAUACUGUAUCAUACCUUUAGGCAAAAUGUCUUUCACAGAAGAAACAGUCAUUUAGGUUUGGUGAGUAAAUGAUUUUAAUUUUGGGUGAAUUAUCCCAUUAAAGGGUUAGUUCACCCAAAAA